CUGAAGAAUUUCCAACUGCAAAAAUCCAUAUUCUCAUCUGUCUCUUGAUAGAAAUAUGAAAUAAAAAUAAGAUACUGAAAGUGUCCUUGAGUUUUCUGUUCCCGGCAAACUCGAGUUCUUUCACGAUGCCGUCGUUUGCAGGUUUGGACGUUGACGAUGAGGAAAUUAUUCCUGAUAUUCUGGACCAGAAACCCAAAGUUGAAGACCAUCUGGGUUCAACAAUUAUAGUGGAUGGAUGUCCUGUUGUUGGCCCAGCUAAAUUCGAGCUUCUUAAAAAGUUUUUGCUAGAUAAAUUUUCGAAAAUCGGCCCGAUAGUAGAUCAUGAGUUCCCUUUGGAUAAUGAAAAACAAACAAAAGGAUAUAUUUUCAUUACCUACGAGAACGGAAAGGCAGCAUCACAAGCUGUCCGAACCAUGAAUAAUGUUCCUCUGGACAAGAAUCACACUUUCCAGGUUACUCUAUUGUCAGAUUUCGAACGAGUAACAAAUGUUCCGACUGAAUGGGUACCUCCACCCAAACAAGAAUAUAAGGAUUUAGGUAAUUUAAAGAGCUGGUUGUUGAAUGAGUUUUGUCGGGACCAGUUUGCGGUUGUCUAUAAUGAUGGUGAAACUGGAUCCGUUUAUUGGCAUACUGCUGUCGAACCAGUUGUGGCUGAAGAACGGGCUCAUUGGACUGAUGGGUGGAUGCGAUGGUCACCCAGAGGGACUUAUUUGGCAACAAUGCAUUCUUUGGGUAUUAUUUUAUGGGGCGGUGAGAAGUUCCAAAGAAUCGGUCGUUUUCCCCAUUCAGGUGUCAAAACAAUAGAAUUUUCACCCAUGGAACAAUUUAUGAUAACUUUGAGUCCAAGUCCCAACUUUCCCACCGAUGAACGUGCAGACGCAAUCGUAUGGGAUGUGAAGCGCUGUGUUAGUCGUCGAGAGUUCUCCGUUCCAAUCGAUUUCCAUCCGGCCUUCAAAUGGUCUCCAAAGGAUGAAUAUUUUGCUUGCUUGCGAGAUGGUGUCAUUAGUAUUUACUGUGCUAGCAAUUUUAGACUUUUGGAUAAAAAGAAAAUUGGGGGCAAUAUUCGUGAUUUUUCUUGGUCACCGUCUGAUAAUAUUUUAGCGUACUGGGUACCUGAAUCUGAUAAUACUCCAGCCAGAGUUGUUCUUUUGGAAGUACCAAGUCGUCAGGAACUAUGCACAAAGAAUUUAUUUUCCGUAGCUGAAAUCAGUCUUCUAUGGCAUGAACAAGGUGACUUUUUAGCUGUUCAGGUAUUAAGGUGUGCAAAAAAGAAGUUGGACGGUGAAAAGCAAGUGAAAUAUGUGGGUACCUACACCAAUUUUGAAAUUGUUCGUUUAAGAGAAAAAUUAUAUCCUGUUGAUCAGCUGGAAGUUAAAGGCACUGUAUCGAAUUUUCAAUGGGAACCUUGUGGUACGCGUUUCGCUUUCUUACAAUCUGUAACAAGUGGAAAAUUGUCAAUCGCUAUUUAUGAUGUAUCUCGUGGAACUAAUGUUCGCGAAGUUACUGUUCUUGAUCUUGCUUCACCUCGAACCAAUGAUCUUCGUUGGUCAUCUAAGGGUGGGAUUAUUGUAGCAGCAGGUUUAAGAAGUGCUGAUGGUAUACUGGAAUUCAUUUCAGCAAAUGAGGGUCAGAUUUUAGCUAAGGGAGAACAUCCAACUGUUAGUGAUAUACAAUGGGAUCCUACAGGAAGGUAUAUAGCGACAACAGUAAGUAGUUUCUAUCAGAAGAAUGAUAAUGCAAUAUGGUUUUGGAAUUGUGUGGGUCGUUGCUUGUAUAAAAUGAACUUGCGUGGAAUUCGCACUUUCAUCUGGAGACCACGACCACCUACGCUACUCAGCGCUGAACAGCUGCAGGCUAUUAAAAAGAAUAUGGCAAAAUAUAAUUCACAGUUAGCCAACGAAGAUCGUAUGCUUGCUUCAAAGGCUAGCAGAGAAUUGCUUGAGAAACGACAAAAAUUAUUAACUGAAUUCAAUAUUUGGAAAAAUGCUAUCAUUAAAUUAUAUAAUAAAGAUGAAGAGGAACGCUUUAGAUUAAGAGGUUCUGGCGCUGAUACAUCAUCUCGUGAACCGCAAACAGAAGAAGAAUUGGAAAUUUUAAUCAGUGCUGUACAUGAAACAAUUCGUAAAAAUACAGACGAAUAAUAAAUGAAUACACUUUGUAACCGUAGUUAUCUAUCUUUUUUUCUUCUCUCUCUUUCUAUCUCCCUUAAACAAACUGUACAAAAUAAAAUCUGAAUUUAAAAAAGAUAUGAAAUUAUUGUUACGAUUUGAUUGUUCAGCAAAAUUCUUGUAAAAAAUAUAGCGAAAUGGGAAUAUGGAAAAAUUAAUUUUAAAUUCUUACUUGCUAAAAUUGAUUGAUGGUUUGUUUGUGAAGUGUUCAGUUUUGUGUUUCCUUCUCUCUUUUUGUCUUCUGUAAUUGCGUUUCUGGUAUUUUUAUUGAUGAUUGUGUACUGUAUGAAAUUCAAACUAUGGUAACAAUUCGUAACUGUAAACCUUAUUUAUUUCGUGUAUUCAGUUAUUUGGUAAAAUAACAUUUAUGAAGUGUUUGUUUAUUUACUAGUCAAUCAUAAGCAACGAAAAAACUUGAUACAUAUGCUUAAGCUACCGCAACAUAUUAGCACAGAAAGAUAAAUUUAUGAAGAAAAAUCCCAGAGUAGUAGUAAUCGUAUGUGUAGUAGCAGAAAACACUAAGCGUAGACAUUAUUAUUUGAGUGGAAUGAUAGAAUUCAUGAAAAAAAUCAGAAAAUAAUUUUGGAACUCGAGAUUUAAAGAUACAUAAAUUAAUGAAUGUAACUACGCUAUUUCCAGCUCUUCUAGGCCAUUAACUCCAGCAUUUCCAACUUUUGGUUACAAUAGGUAUCAUUACCAAGGUCUGACUUGAUGAUUACGAAUAAAUUGAGUAUCGGGUAGAUUGUUAUAAAUAAAUUCCUAUACUUGUAAUGAGUAGGAAAAUUAAGUUUUUUGACGUUUCUCCACUUCAGAGAUAUAAUAACCAAAUCAAAAUUUAUCCAAGUUUAAAUAGUACAAUGGAACAACACAAGAAUAUUAUGUGAUCAGUCAAAAACAGGUCUGAAUACAUAGUAUUCUUGUGAUGUUCUGUUGUACUGUUUAAACUCGUAUUAAUUUUGACUUAGUUAUUUUUUUGAAGUGCCUUACACGGAGUCACGAAACGUCAGAAAAUUUAAUUUUUCUACUCGUUGGGAUAUUACAAAUAUAUUAAUUUAUUUUGGUUACAAUAAUCGCCUGGAUCUCAACCAAAUAGUAAAUCCCAAAAAUCUACGCCUUCUGUGAGAAAGAUGCUUGCAGAGUUCAUUAUCACGCUAUUUACUAGAUACUGGGCACAAAAUGGAUUUGAUGAAUUACUGUUCAAUAAAUAAUUCGAUCCAACAUUUCUUAAAUUCACAGAAGCCGUAACAGAAGACUUAAGUGUGAUUUUUGUAUUCAAAAGUCAGUAGUUAACCCUUAACAACUUUAAUGACAUUAUUACCCCUUUAUUUAACUUAGUGAAUUCAUCAUAAUUUAAUGAGUUGGCCUCAACCUAUUACAAAAUAACUACCCUUCGUAAUACUUUAAUUCUGAAAUUCUUUCACACCAUUACAUCCAAC